AUGCUAAUCUUAGUCCUUCGGAUAAUUCUUCCUUUAUUUCCACUUCUCAAUGCUCAGAGGAUUUAUCAAGAUGGUCAAGGAAUUUACUCCCAUGACAAAUUUGAACUACAGGUGUUUGAAAACGCAACAGUUGGCAGUGUUAUUCUACCGGAUCUCCGUGAUUUUUUACAAAUUUCGCCUGAUCGUCAAGUCCGUCUUGGACCAGGUGUUUUUAGUUCCUUCUUCUCUCUUACCAAAAAUUACUCCUUGAUAGUGCAGAAUAGUUUGGAUCUUGAAUCUGGCAAAUUGUGUCGUGCCGAGGAGACGUGCUGUCGAUCCGAGGAUACAGUCAGUCAGGACAGCUUUUUGCCUUAUAGCCACUUUGUACCAUCAUGCAAAAUAAAAGCUGUCGUUUUAGCAAAUAGCGGUGACUCUACUCCACUAAAACCAGUUGGACGGAUCGUAGCUGUUAUUCAGGAUCUUAAUGACCAUGCCCCAGAAUUCACUCUUCCUAAAACAGAAUCCAACUCUGUCAUUCAACGGAUUCAUGUGCCAUUUUUCGAAGGCUUCAAAGGGGUGGGGGAGAAAUUUCAACUACCCACUGCCAAAGAUAAGGACUUUCUUCCAGAAAAUUCUAUGAUUGCUUACUCGGUUGCCUUAAAGAAAUCAGAUGGAAUGAGUUUCUCGGAUUCGACUAGGAGUGAAAUUCCAGUUGCUGGAGGUUCCCCAUCAUCGGUGGCUGUGGGUCCAUUUCGAUUGUCUUAUAAAUCCAAAGAGGACAGUCUAACUCUAGAAGUGGCUAGGGAGUUGGAUCGCGAAACCCAAUCCGAAUACGAACUAACCCUUAUAGCUGAGGAUGGCGAAGGUCAGAAAGCAAUCCUGAUCAUUCAAGUGCAUGUGCUUGAUGUCAAUGAAUUUGCACCUAGGUUUGUGGGUGUUAGACCUCAUGGGAACACGGAGGUUCAAAAAACUCUUGAAUCCAACAAACGAGUGGUCCAUAUCUACGAGAAUGCAACACUUCGAGUGCCAAUUGUCCAAGUGAUUGCAGAAGAUAAAGACGCUCCUCCAGCUAAUCAAAUAGCCUACAAGUUUUCCCCGAGUUUUUUGCUCAGUGAAGCAGCUUCCAUCUUCGCUAUUGAUAAAAAUUCUGGUAAAAUACACUUGGAGCAGUCGCUUGACUAUGAAGAGACAAAGCGCUAUGUGUUACCAGUGCUGGCAAUAGACUCAAAUUACGAGCCGGACCUGGGCGAAAUGAAAUUAUUGUCCCAAUCGAUGCAAAAGGUAAUGGAAGCAAUUGUGGAUAGUAUAAAGAAGGAGCCAAAAACUGCCACAAUGACGCUGGAAAUAAUAGUUAAUGAUUGCAACGAUCACGCGCCAGAGAUUAAGCUGCAGGGUGCUGUAAAUAAUGCUGCUGAGGCUCUCAAAACUGGAAUGGAUGAGUUAACAGUGUUGGAGAACGAUCCUCCAGGAACAUCUUUAGUUUUCUUUAGUGCUACGGACCGAGAUCAAGGUGAUGCUGGAACUUCACAAUGCUAUCUAUUAAACUGGACGGAGAAGUUCAGAAUUCAUAACUUCUCUGACUUCUUCAGUUUAGAAACAACUAAAGAACUUGAUCGCGAAGCACAAGCCCAGUAUCUUUUGACAAUUGAGUGCUUUGAUAAUGGCAGCCCUCGACAAUAUAGUCAAAAACGCAUCAGAGUCACGUUGUUAGAUGUGAACGACGAAGCACCUUCCUUUCAGCACCCUUUCUACUCCUUCCAAGUUUUGGAGAAUAGUCCACCAAAGACCAAGUUGACACCUGUUAGUGAUAGUUAUUCAAAUCCAGUUGUAGCAUUUGACAAUGACAUAAACUCAACUCUCACCUAUCACCUUGAGCCUGCCUCCUCUAUUGAUGCGGACCAAAGAAAUAUAUUUGAUUAUCAGUUAUUUGAAGUCGACAGCGAAACCGGCACCCUUUACACCAAAAACGAAUUAGAUCGAGAACAGAAAUCAAAUCAUAAGUUUAAUCUUUGUGCUGAUGACGGAAUCCACAAAGCCUGUACCAACAUAGUCGUGCACUUAGAUGACGUAAACGAUAAUCACCCUCAAUUUGAUAAGGAAACAUACAUAAUACGAGUACUUGAAAAUACACAACUCUACGAGCCGCUGAUAACAUUUCAAGUAACUGAUGUGGACAGUGGAAAUCAAGGCUUCUCCAUUGCUAUUGAGCCUUCACAAAUACUAGGAAAUGCUUCCGAAUUGCAGAACGCAACCGAGAACCUCCACAAUUUCUUCGUCAUUCGAGAUAAUAAACUCUUUUUACGGCAGCCUCUUGAUAGAGAAGCAAAGUCGCACUACCAUUUCUUUGUGCGAGUAACGGAUUCUCAGAAUUUUGGCUCAAGUGUAACGCAAAAAAGUCUUUCAAGCACUGCGGAAGUCUUUAUUGAAGUCGGUGACACUAAUGACAAUGCGCCGGUAUUCAUUUUCCCAAAUGCCAGUGCCGCAAAUGAGGGAGGAAACCAGUUGAAUGUCUCUUGUCGUGAAACCAUGGGUAGUUCUAUUGGUCGAGUCGUGGCUGUCGACUUAGAUCUCGAACAGAAUGGAACGGUGGUGUACUCUGUCAUUCAAGGCCCGGUGUCAAAUGAGCUUUUCUAUCUUGACAAGCAGUCAGGAGAGUUGUUUGUGAACUCCGGUCGACUAAUUGAGAACUGUGACUCUGUUUUUCUUCUUGUCAUAUCAGCUGAUGAUAUGGGGCCACCAAGUAGUAAGAAAGGUCGUCCAGUGCCAGUUGAGAGACUGCUGAUAAAGCUUCAAGAUCAGCCAACUCUGGCAGAAUACAUGUCCUUAAAUUCUCAACUGCCUAACGAGAAAGGACGCAAUGACUCACGAGGGGAAAAGAGGUAUUUUGGACUACCAGCAAAGACAAUGAUGAGCGUUGUCCUAGGUGGAUGUAUUAUAUUUUUAAUUGGAUUAUUCUUGGCUUGGAUUAUCCUAAUGCUUAUCAGUCGAUCAAAGCGGAGGAGGAGGGAGAGAAGUGGAAAUGAGGCACCCUAUCAAGCAGUGACAACUCAGUGCUGUGAAGCUGGCACCUUCUUAUCAGAUGGCAAACAUGAGAUCUUCGUUCAUCCAACUGGAACAUUUCCUCAUGGACUUCGAUUACCUGGAAAUAGGCCGUAUUCACGUUGCAUAAUCAGUGAAAAGGAUGAUGGUCUGGGACUUAGGGAUUUGAAUGCGGAUGGAUCCCUCUCUUCGAGGGCCAGUCCGUAUAGGCAAUCGACUACCUUGGAUGGGACGCAAACUUUGAACACCGGUGGCUACAUUGCUUAUGCCUCGGGUACCAAUUCUGGAGGUCGCAUAAGCCGCCAAUCGCCCUUGAACUUUAAGUCUACAGUCCCUUUGAUGACUAAUGCUGAGUGGUCUAAAAGCGAACCCUGUUCUGAUAUGCCCUUCCAUUUGGUUGUUCAAAGAAGUUGGCACACUGGGAUUGGUUCUGAAAGGUGGAGGUAUGAUAUCACUUUGAGACUUACAGUUCGAUUCGUGCCAGAGUGUGUCACAAAAGAGUUACGUCUUGAGCCUGCUUGCACUGGCGAAUCGACACGAUACCUCUUGCUCCCGGCCCUUUCGACAUCUUCAGCCGCCAUUAUCAGCAUGCCAAGUACAUCUGAAGAUGAUGCCAACAAUCACAAUUUCAUGAAGCCUACGAGAACAGAACAACGUAGACAAUCUCAAUGUGCCUGUGAAAGUACCGAAGAUGACCAUUAUCAAAAUAAUGCUUUUCAUCCCUCUCAUCGGCCCUUUCUAACGCCACCACCUAAACGAAAAUUCAUCAAACCGCAAGAAGAAAGUAAUGAAGUAUUGGAGAAUGUUCAUUUCAUGCUAACGGAUAGCCAAUACACUCCUCUCGUUGACAACUCAAACCCCUCGCAGAAUCCCCACGAAAACCAGUACUUGAUUAUCACAAGUCGAGGUCCGGAAAUGACUCCAGUCUACAACACAAUUAGUAGAACCGUAACCACUCGUGGCUCAUCCCUUCCAAGAAGCAUUCGUGGAUGUUCUCGAUCCCUUGAAACUGUUGAAGAGAAGGACUUGCAGGAGAUGAACCGUCUAAAAAAUAAUGUUGAAGGAGUCAUUUUGGUGCCCACAAGAGCCUCACAAUCUCAAUCCCCACCAACCUUGAACAACAGCAUCCAUCCGAAGCCUCCAAAUCUUCUCAGAUUUGAAGAGAGUAAUCAAGCCGCAGCGGCACGACUUCGAGCUGAUUAUAUUUCCCUGGAAGAUCUUUUUAGCUCCUGUGUUUAA